CGCUAUCAACAAUGGUUGACAAUGGUCACGUGGAUAUGACUGACAACAACAUUCAAAGAACAUUUGUGAACGUCCAGGAAGAAUCAUCGAAUAUCAGAGGUGAAAUUAAAAAUCAACUAUCUCAGCCUAUCAAUGAUAUGCAUUCCAACGCGGUGUCGCUUAUAAUACCGCGUAACGAAAAUAGUGAACCUUCUUUUGCAUCAAACAAUCCGAGCGAAACCACACACUCCACUCUGAUCGAGGUAACUACCGGUCCCCUUAAAAAGAUUACUAGAAAGUCACGUAGGAAAUCGUCAAAGAAGUCUUCUAGAAUAUCGAAGAAAAAACCAAAAUCAUCCACCAAGAUAGCAGCAGAGUUGUCAACAGAUACAAAAGUUGCCGAGAUAUCAAAGGGAGAAACUGCACAGACCGCACCACUCCCAACGACAACGUCAGACAAUGUUAUUGCGGGGUCAACCAGAAGGCCGCCCAGACGAUCACGACGAAGAUCAAAACGGAGAUCAAAAAGAAGAAGAUCUAGAAGACCUACCACGCCAUUACCUCGAAAUACAAAUGGAAAAGAUCAGAUGACAGACAACGGAAACAGCAUUGAUGUAGUAACGCCCGAUUCUUCAAAGUCAACAAAUCGUAUGUCUACUGAAACUUCAACUGGAAACAAUAAUAUGAAAUCAGACAACGUAUCAUUUAUGACAACAUAUACACCUACGUCAAUCAGCCAACAUGGAAGUACAUCAGGAAGCAAGUCCACAAUGGUAUAUACAACUCUAGCACCAGGGGAAAUAUAUACAUCAACACAAAGAACUAUUGGUGGGACGAAAUUCGAGGAAGAAGGAAACAUGGUGAUGACUGGUCCUUCGACGGAAACAGCACUCAUUGUCACUGAACCAUUUAGGAAUGAAUUGAUUACAACAACACCUGUUGUUGCAGAUUCUACCAAAACAGUGCAGCAUACUUCGAAAACCGCUGAAAUAUUUUCUUCAUCAUCUGAUAACAAUAUGAGAAAUGUGGUAAUCGAAAGCAGCCCUCCGGUCAAUUCUGAAGCACAGGGAAUGACUAAUAUGCUGAUAAAUGUUAAAGAACAACAACCAGAUACAGCUGCUAUUAAUUCAAACUGGAAGAAAUCUACAAUGAACACCGAAAAUCAUAGUAUAGAUAAAGUUUCAAAUAUGUCAACCUCCGGGAAAUCUCCAACAAUGCUUGACAAAACAGGACAAACUGAACGACCCAUUGGCAUGGUUUCUACAGAUACAGCCAGCAGCAUCACAUCAGCAUCAUCUACCGCAAAUGAAACGGCGUUAUCACCUUCAAAUCUCUUAUCAGAUAACACUUUGACUACAAAUUUUAGGACAAGCCCGAUGGGUCUUGCGUCAUUGCUAGCCAGGAUGCUUUUUCCAGAAGUUUUGGGUCCAAGAAAUGUUAUUAUUCAAACUAGAGGACCAGAAAGGACUAUUUUGAGAAAUGAUGGUUCAUUUAUUUCUUCACGGAGUUUAACUCCGUUGUUGACAACUACAAGAAGACGGCCACGUAUAAUAUUGAUACAACCAAGGGAUUUGAGUUUCUACCGGAAGCGGGCAUUGUGCUCUGAGACCCCUCGAAGAUUGAGGAAUCCAUGUAUAAAAAAUGAAGACUGUAGACAUCAAAUGGAUUGUUCUUUAGGCAGAUGUUGUGCCACAAGUGAUCGUCACGCAGAAAUGUUAGAGAAUUUACUUGAGCGUUUGAAUAUGAGACGGUUACGGCGUUUCCGGUAGAGAUUGACGUGACUUCCGGUAGAGAUUAACGUGAUUCUCAGCAUGCACGCUAUCAUGUUAGCUAAUUGGUCCGUUUGAGAGACUGAUAUAUAUAUAUAUAUAUAUUACACAUAUGUUAUCAUUUCAUCGAAUGUAUUAAAUCGUCAUUUUAUAAGAUAAUAAAAUGAAAUAUUUGUAGUUUCAAUGUCCAGCAAUCCUUGAAGAAAUAGAUCGAAAUGAUCAAAAUGGCGUAAAAGUCACGUCAUUUCAUCACAAUUGCAUUAUCUGCAUAGAUGCAGCCUAUAUUAACUUUGAGGAGGAAAUGGGUGACUGCGGCGUCUAACGUAAAUAUCAAUAAAUGUAGUACCGUGUAUUGUGGUUACUAUGUGAAUCUCAACCCCUCCACCUCCCCGUUACCAAACAAUACUAUAAUAUUUUAAUAUCAUAAACAUACAAUGUAUAUGCUCUGUCAUACCUAAUUUUAUAUAAAGUUUAACAUCCUGUAUACUUACUAUGAUUUAAGUGUUAAUUCAACACCAAUACAUUGUAAUAAUUAUCUAUUAGAAUACAAUAGACAUCAUGUUGAUAAACGAUAAUUUGUAUCUCUUAUGAAUUGUGGGCGCAAUAAUCAGCUCAACAGUUCAAUACAUCUGUUAAAUGCGAACUCAAAAGACGAAAGUGAGACUGAUGUCCCCUGUUAUCUCGCAAUUUUCAAUAUAUUGAUCCGAAAAUAUAUUAUGUAUGUAAGUCGGAAACCAUUCGCAAACACUUUUUGUUAUUCCAUUAAUUUGAAAAGCAACGUAAACGGAUUUACUUGUAUGCCGGAUGUAUAUCUAUGCAUUAGCGGACACACAUGUCAUGUCUUGCAACUGGAUGACUACAGCCUAUCUCUUAGUAAACUUAUUAAUUGCUUUUAUAUUAUUUAUGGGUCGGUGUGGCUUGUACAUAAUAUUAAAUACUGUCUCUGUAAUUCAGCUCAUGGAACAUGCUUCUUUGGUUCAGAAGAUAGAGCCGUGGUUUAUCACGCCAGAAAACCAUGUCCGAUUCCUGUCAGGACACUCGACAAGAAUAUGCUUUUCCCUGUACAUUGACAUUUGCGUCAAACUAAAAUCCCGGGGUGGUGGUAUUGGGAGUCUUGGAUUGAGAUUUGGGUAAAUAGCAUGACAAACUGGUGAAGUAGUGUAAAAUGUUCCGGUGGGUGUGGCUUGUAUACCGGUCUCUGUCACUCAGCUGGCGGGGCAUUCUUCUUUGGCUCAGAAGGUAGAACAAUGACUUAUCACAUAGGAAAACUGUUUUCGGAGCGCUCGGGAAUGUGUUUUCUCUGACUCUCGGCGAUGUUUGCCUGUUAUAAUACUUAAAACGUAUACCCUAUGAGAACAGUGUGAUUUUAUGUUAAGAUUACGUUUGUAUCAGUACCUUACAAUCUAGGACUAACCUCAUAUCUCGAGAACCCCGCUGUUCGAACUAUUGAUAUUGCCGCUGCUGUUCGAGUCAGCGGGGUUUUUCUAAAGUAUUUAAACAAAAUUACAAGCGAGGAAAUAAUAAAAGAAGUUAUAGUGUACAGCAUGCGUCGUUUAAUUGAUUUACCAUAUGAAAAUAGUAUCUAUGUAUAUAUAUGAGUCACAUUGACGUCAUUGGUAUUGCUAUAACUUACGCAAGUGUAUAAAUAGGUGAUGAUUCGUCCCUAUAGCGCGUUUUAUGUAUACAAGUAUAGCCAACGAGCUUAACUCGCAGACAUAAUACACAUUUCAUGUCUAUACAAGUAUAUUGUAUUUGCAGCCCAAGGCUAUUCCUUCAAUGCAUGUGUAGUCCAACAGUGCAUAUUCAUAUGUAUGUAUGCAUGUAUGUUUACCUAU